GCGGGGCGGCGGCAGCGCAGGCGCGGGGCGGCGUGGCCGGAGGGGCCGGUGAGGCACGUGCCGCGCGGGGCGGCGGCGGCCGCUGCUGAGAGUUGCUCUUCUGUGGGAAGGAAGAGGCUCCUGACCGCUCGCCAACAUGGUGGUUUUCACGUGCAAUGCGUGUGGAGAAGCCGUGAAGAAAGCACAGGUUGAAAAGCAUGUGAACAUCUGCAGAAACUGUCAGUGCCUGUCUUGCAUGGAUUGUGGCAAGGAUUUCUGGGGUGAUGACUAUAAGGAACACAUCAAGUGUGUAAGUGAAGACCAGAAAUAUGGUGGGAAAGGCUUUGAAGCCAAAGCUAGCAAAGGAGAUGCUAAACAGCAGGAGUGGAUUCAGAAAAUUCACGAGGUAAUGAAGAAGCCCAACAUAAGCCCCAAAGUGCGGAACAUUCUGGAGCAAAUACGUGCCUUUGAUAACAUUCCAAGAAAAAAAGUAAAGUUUCAGAAUUGGAUCAAGAACAGUUUGAGAAUUAAUGACAGCAAUUUGCAAGAUCAGGUGUGGGGUGUUUUCUCAGAAGCAACCAGAAAUACUUCAAAUGAAAAGGAACAAGACAAACCGCAACAGAAGGAAGAACAGCAGCCUGCAGAAACUGGGGAAAAUACAAAGGCAGAAGAAAAUGGAAUUACAGAUGAAAAAACUGAGAGAAAAAAGAAUAAGAGGGAACGAAAAGAAGAGAGACAAAAGAAUAAAAAGAAGGAGAAAAAAGAUCUGAAAUUGGAAAACCAGGAAGAAGUAAAAAAGAUUAAAAAGUCCAAAAAAGGAAAAGAGAGUGUGGAGGAUGAAUGUGAAAUAAAUGGAAAUGGCAAUCACAGUGAAACAGAAGAGGAAACAAAUGUAAAGAAACGCAAACAUAAACAUGUAGAAGAGGAACCUCAUACCAAAACAAAGAGAAUGAAAACUGAAAGCAUUUCAGAAGACAUGGAAACAGAAGACGUCAAUGACAAUGAAGAAAAUGUGGGAACAGAUAAAGGUAAAUUCAACUGGAAGGGAACCAUCAAAGCAGUUCUGAAACAGGCUCCAGACAAUGAAAUUUCAAUUAAGAAACUGAGAAAAAAGGUGAUAGCUCAGUAUUAUGCAGUAGCUGGUGAACGUCACAAAACAGAAGAGGACAUCUUGGCCAUAUUCAAUAAGAAAGUGAAUAACAAUCCUAAAUUUAGAGUUCUAAAGGACAAAGUGAAACUUGUGAAAUAAACAGUUUGCAUACUUCUUGUGAAAUAAAGUACUUUGCAUAGCUGUUGCAUUUUAAUCUUGCAGAUGGAGUGAUACUCUUCUGUCAGCUGUACAAAUACUAUGCAUUGGUAUCAAUUUGAAUUGUGUAUGUGAAAGCAGAAUUUAACUUUUAAUACUGGAUCCCUGCCCUUUUUCUAGAUUUAUCACAGAACCUUUUUCAGAUAUUUUAUUUUUUGAUUUUAUGGAAAAUGUAUAUUUUUGGUACAAGUUUUAAGAGGCAUUGAAAAUCAUUGCUGGCCUAUUGUAUUAAAGUUCUCCCAGUAAUGAAUAUAAUUUAUAGGCAUGAAUGUUUUUCAGGACCUGGGUUGUGUGGCUUUUUGCAGGAAAUGUUUUUAAAAGCAAAUAGGAUUUUCAUAUUCAGAAACCCACUGUGGAAUAAAUAUUUUGUUAUGCUAAAACUCAAAAUGGUAUGGCUGAUACCCCUUUAUGCACUGUGGAUAGUGUAUGCAGCCUUUAAUAAACUGUUGAUUCUGUGUUGUAAAAUGCAUAAAUAAAGUGUCAGAUUUGUGUAUGCAAUAUUGCACAUUCAGUGAAAAUCUAAAGUUAUCAGUAUAUGCAUUGCUACUGGAAGUCUUGAUUAGUAAUGCAACAGACUUCAAUAGAAGUGGUUACAUGGACUGAAAACUGACUGAUGAAAUAGAUUGCUUUAAAAUACAAGCUUAAAUAUAAUGAAUCUUGUCACUUUAUAAUUGCAUAAUAAAUCCACAAAUUAUGCAUGCUUUGAAGAGGCUGUUGUAUUGCUGUCACCAAAACAAUGUAGCUAGGCUAGAAAUGUUACAGGUAUGUAAGAGACAGAGCUGCCUGAAGUUUUGUAGAUUUUUACUUAAGGGCAAAAUUACUUCCAUGUAGGAAGUUUCCUAUUAUGAUAUACUCUGUUAAAAACAGCAUUAUAAAGCACUCAGUCAUAUGGUGUUUUUAAAAACUGCUUAGUGGUUUCAAGCAGGUACACUUCUAUAAAACUCCAUAGUAAAAAUAUCUGAAUUUAUAGAAAUAUUAACUAUAUAAAGGUAUAAAUACUAAAAAUUAACUGCUAUACACUGGGUUCAGUUUUUUUGAGUACAUAUUUGUCUUACUGUAAAGGUUGCAAGAAAGGACAUAAUGAAUUUAAGGUGUUAGUUGUUUGUUGAAGCUAUGCAGCAGUUGUUUUUAUUCAGUCUAACAGAUAAGCAUAAUCUUGGCUCCUGUCAUUGCAGAGUUCUGGUGUCUGAUGCUCAUGGUUUACUGCAGUGAUCACUGAAUGAAGCAAAGCAGCAGGUUAAGUAUUCAAACAUCAUGGUUCAGCUGAAAGCUGGGAAUAAGGAAUAUCAAAUCAACAGUAUGCAGAAGAUCUAUCAGAGUAGGAUGUGACCUUGUAAUUUGCUUUCCUUCUUUAACUGUUAUCACUCUUCAAGGUUCAAACAGUGUACUCCCCUGUGCAUUGCCAUGUUUGGAUUAGUGGUGCCUGUGUGGAGUAAUAAACAUGCUGUAAAUUA